AUGGCUUCCCAAACACCGUCAGAGAUACUGGAAAGGAUCGGGGUUGCACGCAUCGCGUUCGACAAAGGCGAGGCAGGCUCAAGAGAGGCUCUGAUCGACUACAGUCGCGCGCUCAUUGCGUCCCUGGAGAUCCCGAGCGAGUUCAUGCAACGUACCUUCUGGGCAGAGGCGAGUAUCCUUCUACCUGCCCAAUCAGCCAUUAUCCGUAUUGCCGUCGAUACCAAGCUAUUCCAACACCUACAAGAGGCAGGAUCCGCAGGAUUGAGUCCCUCAGCCUUGUCUGAGAAGACCGGGAUCGAUGUUGUUCUCCUUCAACGCUUUACAAGCCACCUGGUCGCCAUGAACCUUAUUGCUUUCCAUGAUGGAGUCUUGCUCGCAACAAAGCUAAGCAACGGCCUGGCAGCAAAUAACUAUCAGCAGAGUAUCGGGUUUUGCUAUGAUGCGUCUCGUCCCUCGUUCAAUGGAUUCCCGGAAUAUUUCAAGAAGAACGGAUACAAGCCCCCUACUACUAGUGGAAUAGAUGGCCCCUUCCAAUCGGCGCAUCAGACGGAGAAACCAUUCUUUGACUGGCUCGUUGCGUCUCCACCCUACCUCGAUUACUUUAGCUCAUUCAUGAGCGCAUACCGCGCCGGCAAGCCGGACUGGUUCGACUUUUACCCUGUUGAGAGCCACAUGGUUGAGGGUUUCGACCCCUCCAUCAGUGACACUCUCCUAGUUGAUGUUGGGGGUGGCCGAGGCCAUGAUCUGGCUACUUUUGCAACGCGAUAUCCCUCUCACCCCGGCAAGAUCAUUCUCCAGGAUCGAGAGCUCGUCAUUGCUAGCGUCGUCGAAAGUGGUACAGAGAGGUCUUUCGAGGCGCAGGCUCAUGAUUUCUUUACCCCUCAGCCCAUAAGAUAUGCUCGCGCGUACUCUCUUCACUCUAUUCUUCAUGACUGGAGUGACGAUGAGAGUGUGAGAAUCAUUGAGAACCUUAUCCCGGCGCUCAAGAGGGGCUACUCGCGGGUUCUGUUCAACGAGAUUGUUGUCAGCGAAGAGAACCCCACGCUGGCAGCAUCAAACAUGGAUAUGAUGAUGCUGGCUCAUCUGAAUGUCUCCGAGAGAACAGAGGAUCAAUGGAGAGUUUUGCUUGCUAAAGGUGGCUUGAAGAUUGUGAAGGUUCACACAUGCCCUGGCGUUGCAGAGAGCUUGAUUGAGGCAGAAUUGGUUUAA